GAAAAAGAGCUUUCUUGAAAAAGAGCUUUCUUGAAAACAAAAAGGGAGCAAAAGGGACCAGCUUUGUUCUUGUUCCCUCACGUUUUCUGCGCUCCUCCCCUCUCUCCGUCUCUCUCUCUUCCUGUGGGAUUUCCUCUUUGCUGGGGGGUGGACAAGGGUUUUUGGUGGAGGGGUUUUAAAAGUCUCUGGGUCUCCUCAAAAGCGCAUCUUUAUUUUCUCCCCCUCUUCCUUAACGAGAGCGUUCCGGGCGGGUUUGGUGUUUUUCUUGACGGGCUAUGGUUUUGGCAUUGAGGGCGCGCGAGAGAGAUUCUGCGGAUAAGAUGAGCGGCGGAGGCUUCGUGUCCGAGAAUAAAGAUCCGGGCAUCAAGCUCUUCGGGAGGAAUAUUCCGGCGCCGGACUGCCGGGUUCCGGCGGGCUCCGCUGGCGGUUCCCGGGCUCUCUCGGACUCCGAAGUGACGCAUGCCUGUAGUGAUAUUGAAAAACCAGAAACUGUCAAGUAUGGACAUCCUCAUAAUUCAGCUGUUGGUGGAGAGAAGGCCAUGGUAAUGCGGAAUCUUCAAAAUGGUCAUGCUGAGACUAAGUAUGCUGACCAAGAAAAGGUUUUCAAGAAGCCUGACAAGAUCCUUCCAUGUCCCAGAUGCAACAGUCUUGAGACGAAGUUCUGUUAUUUCAACAACUACAAUGUCAAUCAACCUCGACACUUCUGCAGGAACUGCCAGAGAUAUUGGACAGCUGGAGGAACAAUGCGAAAUGUUCCAAUUGGUGCUGGACGGCGGAAGAACAAGCACCUGGCUUCUCAGUAUUGUCAAGCGACUCUAUCUUCCAGUAGCACACUAAACACUAGAUUAGACAUUCCUGAGAUGACAGUGAAUCAUCAGUUUAUGGCACCGAAGGAAAUUACUUCAACAACACUUGGGCCUUCAGUGGGAAAUGCUAGAGUAUUGAAGUUUGGUCCUGAGGCAUCUUUGUCCGAAUCUGUUGAGACUGUUCUUAGUCUCAAAGACCCAAAAAUAUCCAUUGAGACUGGUUCAAUCAAUUGUGUCCAAACUAGAGAAGAAGUUUCCUCAUCUGGUUCUUCCAUGACAACCUACAGUAUUCAUGAUUCGACCAAAAGCGCUGCUGAAAAUGAAGAAAUAGGAAUAUCGGGAUCUCGUCGCGAGCAGAAUUCCCUCGAUCCUAUGCAUUUUUACCCUGUUCCUGCAUGUUUUAUCCCCUUGAACACAGGUUGGCAACAUCUAGCUUCUUUUAGGACAACUCAGUACUCUCCAGAGCAAGUUGCAGGUGUUGCUAGCCCCAAUUCCGUUCAUUUGAGCUCCACACCCAUGUUAGCGGUUCCUGGUAUUUGCCCUCCUAGCAUUCCCUUACAAAUUGUACCCAUGGCGCCGUAUUUUGGUUGCAUGCCUCUACGCCCCUCUGGGCUGAGCACCACACCAUCAAGUGGAAUGAACAGUGGCCCAUCAUCUUCCUCUCCAUCUUCCCCAAUGGGUAACGCAUAUUGCUCUGCUAGUGCCUCGCCAACCCUUGGCAAGCACUCAAGAGAUGCAAAUUUUGCAGAUUUUGAAAGAUCAGAUAAGUGCAUCUUGGUUCCAAAGACACUGAGGAUGGAUAACCCAAGCGAAGCCUCGAAGAUUCCUAUAUGGGCGACACUGGGUAUUAAGCCAGGUAAGGCUAAAGUGGAAAAUGAACUCAAUGAUUCCGAUGCCACACACAUGAUGGAAGUGAACCCAGCUGCAUUUUCUCGGUCUCAAACAUUUCAAGAGAGCACAUAAGAGAUUGUGAUGAAUUUGUUGUGAUUCAGUCAGCUUGUAAACAAAUACUGAUAAUGGUGAGCUCUGUUCCAAAAGCUGCUGGGUAUGCUCACUGCUUACCAUUUGCGAACUUGAUCUGUAUAUAUUCACGUGAGCCAGAAUGAAUGAAAGAUUUCAAUAACAUCCAAAGCUUCUGUAGUAAGUGUCAAUCAGGGAAAAAUGCACUUUGUCUACUUGUGUAGCAUGUGUGCUCGGUCUUGAAACUUGAAAGCAGUGAAAUUUUUUCCUCUCCUGGAGAUUUGACUGUCUCUCUGCAUCAGCAAUGUUGCAGCUUUACAUAAAGCUAGUUAAUCAUUUA